AUGACUACAUAUAACAAAACACUGAAGUUAUUAGCUUCUAAAUUAGGUCUCAGCGACGAAGAUAAAGUUUUAAACAAAGCUGCAGAAUUUGAACGUCUGUUACAAACCAAAUCAAUUGCUGGCAACGUUAUGACGGAUACAAGUAAAACGGUUAUUUGCUUGGAUUUGGCUGCGGCUAUUUUUGGAGCAGAUUUGGAUAAUAAAACAGCAAUCAAAUACUCUGGUUUGAAAGCUCCUACAUAUGCUAAUUGUCGGAAAGUGGUGGAGAACCUUUUAGAACUUAACAGUGAUAAACUAACAGUACCACUCCUAUGUGUAUCAUUACAAUGUACUGGAAUACAAUCUUUAGCAGAAAAAAUACUUGAAGCAUACCAAAGGCUGGCAAAGACUGAAAUAGAUUUAAAUUUACCACAAUAUGUGUGUAUGGCUGUAUUUCAAGCAUGCAGAUUAAACAAGGUCAAAAUAUCAAAAAGCAAAAUUAUAGAGAAAUCAAGAUUAAAACCAGCACAGUGGGCAAAACUUGAUGCUGACUGGACAAAAGUUGUAGAUGAGAAAUUUUCUAAUGUAAAGAAAAAAGGUAGAAAACACAAAAAUGCUGAAAAUAUAGAAGAAAAUGUUAUGGAGGUAGAUACACAAAGUCCUAAGCAAGAGAAACUGACAGAACCACAUACAGAACCUUAUGACAACUGGAAAAGACGAAUGCUCGAAACAGCAUAUAAAGAACUAAAAGAAAUGGAAAAGAAAAAAAUAGAAUUAGACUAUGAGAUACGAGAAAGAAAAGACAAAUUAAAGGAGUUUACAUCACCAAGAAGGUCACCAAGAAAAACUCCUCAAAAAUUUUCUCCAUAUAAAAGCCCUAGAAUGCCAGGAGUCGGACCUCGUGCUAUGUUCACAGUUCAGUUCAAAGCAAUAAGAGUGGUUUUUGAAUAUUUAAAUCUUAAUGAUUUUUUAAUAGAAUCUACAUCUUGUUCGAAUGAAAUUUUGUAUUACUUCAAAAAAAGAGGUAUUUGUGGCUUUUGUGCAAACCGACACCCUGCAUUCAAACCGAUAGUGCAAAUAUGCUACUUAGAUGUCGACGUACUCCUACUUCUAUUUUUGCCAAUCAUUACCUUCUAUACUUCGUACUCAGUGGACUUUCAUUCGUUUUGGAGAAGUUUUCCCCAAAUUUUAUUGGUUGGUGUCCCUGGAGCUCUGUUAACGGCCUUGAUAGUGGCCUUUAUGGCGUAUAAUUUGAUUGAAUCGUCCUGGAAUUUUCCUACGGCAUUUUUAUUUGGGGUGAUUUGUUCACCAAUAUAUCCUAUGGAAGUUGUGAAACAGCUAAAGGAGAUGUCCAAGGGGAAGUAUAUUAGUGUAUUGUUGCUGGGCGAGGGUUUGAUAGGGGAUGCGACAGCCAUGAUAGAAUUUACAGCUGUCUUUGGUUACUUGGCGUUGGCUAUGACUGAGGCCUCGCAAAUAACAUUACUGCUCCUCCGUUUCGCGGGCGGUGGAGUUUUACUUGGUAUUGUUAUGGGGAACAUAAUUUCUAUGUUAUUAACAUUGACAUAUUAUGAUUUACUUUGUGUUGUGACGUUGACCUUGGCUGGCUCGUAUCUAACGUUUUAUAUCGGAGAGAAAUUUUUCUACGUAUCAGGACUAUUAGGUACUGUAAUAGCUGGUGUCAUGGUGAGUAAGAGCAAGUCCACAGUAGCUGCUGAUGUUGAACAAAUUGCGGCUCAUUUCUGGAACAUUCUGGCGCAUGUAGCUAAUACAUUGGUAUUCACAAUGGUUGGGGUGGUUAUAUUCGAAAAAUUGAGUUAUGUGAUCAGUGUCCGUCAAGUAGCGUUGGUGUUUGUGACCUAUACUACGGUGUAUUUUUCAAGAAUGUUGGUCUAUGCCGUAAUGACGCCUGUUUUGAGGCAUAUAGGAUAUGGAAUAUCAUGGCAACAGUCGUCUGCUUGUGUGUGGGGAGGCUUAAGAGGGCCAUUAUCGCUUUGCUUAGCUCUCAUUGUUCUUCAAACUCCAGCUGUAGCUGAUGCUGGAGAGAUUUUCAUCAUUCAAACAGCGGGAUUAGUCAUCGUAUCCUUAAUGGUAAAUGCGACUACAAUGCAAAAAGUAUUGAAAAUCUUAGGCUUAGCAGAAAUAUCUUUGGCCAAAAAAGCCAAUAUGACUAAUUGUGUCAAACGUAUCAUGUUAACGCGAGACCGCUGCAUUUCCAUGCUGAAGAUGAAUAAGUUUCUUGCGGAUGCUAACUGGGAUCUAGUACAAGCAGGCACCACAAUAAAACAUCCAUACCAAAUACAAAUGCGCGAUGAAGACAACGAUGAUGACGCUUACAUGGGCUACCGAUACACAACUUGCCCAGAUUGCGAGAGGGAGAUACCUAAUGAGCCGACAAAGAAGGAAUUUGCGGAAAUGAUGAGGGAAGCGAAUCAACGUGUUCUAAAAGCAAUGAAGAUAUCAUACUGGCGGCAGUAUGAACAUGGGAAAAUUAGUAAAGAUGGUGUCAGAACUUUGGUGCAAGCUGUGGAAGUAGCGGCAGACGCAGAAGAUGGCAGAGUUAAUUUGGACCAAUUGGGCACUUUAUGGAAACCCAAGGCUUACGCAGUAUGGCUUCGUCGUAAAUUAGUCGACAUGAUGAUGCCUGAACCAGCUAACGCUCAAGUACCACGCCACCAAUGGCGGCAGUGCUGCUACAGACUAGUCUCCAACAUGUGGUUUGACGGGUUUAUUUACAUUAUGAUACUGUGUAACACUCCAGUUAUUUUGUGCGAGGUUCUAUUGAAACCUCCGGUUACGUUGGCUGUGAUGUAUACUAUCAAGUCGCUUAAUUUAUUUUUCUUUAUUGUAUACGUUUUUGAAAUGAUAGUCAAAAUGUUAGCGUUGACUGUACGUGGUUACUUUAAAUCCCACUGGAAUAAAUUGGAUUUUGGCAUCAUCGUUAUGGCCACUGGUGAUCUUGUUUUGGAUGUGAUAGAUGCUCUGACGCCGUGGGAUAAAUGGAAUAAUCUCAAUUCCAGCGUCCUCACUGCAACAAAAUUAUUGAGAAUGCUGCGAUUUCUUAGAUUGUGCAAGUUGGCUAGAGUAUCUGUACCAAAAAUAAUGGCGUACAUCGACCGGAUGAUUGAUAUACAACUAGCAUUUGGCUAUGACGUCGGAAAGGGUUUUGUAACUGGAGAACAGGAAGUAUGUAAUCUUCUUCCACAAUUAGUGGACAAUAUUCAGAUUCAAGAGACUUUGUAUAAUAAACUAGAAGCUGACCGACUAACGGUGACUCGUCAGUUAGGGUUGUUACAACGAGAUCGACCCUGGACAGCCAUAACAGUGAAGACAAGACAAGCGACCACCUCCACUCUAAACAUCAUGUUACUAGACGCUAUGCAGUUAAAAGAAGAAGGUUUCCUGGAUGAAGUCGAAUAUCGAAUACUGGUUACUGCAAUAGAACAAAAAGUUCAACUUUGUCGACACAAAGGUAGUUUAGUUGCUCCGUCUUCACCUGAAACUCAACUUCGUGCAGUGUCAUGGCUUCAAGGUAAUGAAAGAGUAGCAGACUACUUCAUUGAGAAUUCCGAGAUACUUAAUUAUAAUAUAAAUGAUAUACUUAUUUCAAGAGGCGAUCAACCUAAAGGUCUAUACAUACUAGUGGCCGGUCUCUGUGAAGCCAGUUAUGUGCCACCAGAUGAAGACAUAGACGAAGCGAUACCAAAUUAUGAAUUUAGGACUGAUAUGAAAUUUUCUGAGCCCAGCAAAGAUUUUAUUGUUUCUGGAAAUGCGGUUGGUGUCUUAGGGGUCUUAACAAACCGUCCAUACAGUUACACAGUGCGCUGUGACUCUGCUGUGCAGGCGUACUACAUCACCAUGCCCAUCAUCAAAGAGGCUUUCAACCUGGCACCACAUCCUAUCAUGGGUCUAGAAGCAGCUAUGUGGAGGGAAAUCGGGAUAAAGCUAUCUAUUAUGAUCCUACCCACAGUGCCGGCGUACCACGGCUGGUCGAAUGAAAAGAUUAGUAUGCGAUUGGAGCAUGCUUUUGUCCCAUGCCUAAAAGCUUUCAAGGUAUUCGUAGUGAAUGAACUUAUGGAGGACAUAAUAUUGUUGGACGGCAUUUGCCAAGACAUGGCGACACGAGAGGUUUUCCAACCACCUUGUUACGUGCCGAGGACAGUCCACCGUUUAUUAUUUCCAAAAUCUUCGCAAUUGGUGGUCAGUGGUUCGUGUCCAGAGACGAAAUUAUUGAUAGUACCCGCAAAAGAUACGGAUGAGCUUGACAUAAUGGAGGAUGAAUUGGAUGAUUUGCAAUGUGAACUGGUGUCAAAUGCGUCAUCACGAUGUUUAUACCACAAAGUGGCACGCAAGUUAUCGAGCGAGUCGCGCGGUAAGAGCGCCAUACGGUUGCGAGGCAAGCGACGCCGCGGGGCGAGGCGAGUUAAUUACAGGGACUCUGUAUGGGGGAAUAAGAUUUCUUCAGCGAUUGUACCCAACCCAUCUGUAACUGGUACAAAUAGCGAGAAGGAACUCAAUUCCAAGUUUUACAAACCAAGCUUCAAUAACAUGACAGAAAAAGAAGAGGAUCCGAGACAGAGAAAUUCCAGUGAAAUAAAAAACUUGUCGUUGGGCUCUUCCCAACCGUCGCAGAUGUCGCCGAUGCGGACACAAAUGUCGGAGCAAGAGGUUGUAGCUUGCGCACUUUUAUUA